AUUUGUGCAGAAGAUAAGGUGAUGGAGUUAUAUCGGAAAAAAUCUGGCACCAAAAUGACACACUGGAUCCGACUAGGAAUUAUAAGAAGUAUCAACUUUGGCAUUUCUCAAUUUGGAUACUUUUUCACAAGUGCCCUGUGUUUCUACAUUGGUUCCGUUCUUGUUGAACACAAGAAAGCAACUGUGGCAGAACUUUUCAAGGUUUACUUGGCUUUCAUAGCCUCAGCAGCAGGAAUUGCACAAGCCAAUGGUACGGCAUUAGAUGCAAAUAAAGUCUCUGCUUUGGCUAGUUCAUUGUAUAACAUUUUUGACAGCAAAGAGACACAUGGUUCCAGUAGCACAACGGGCAUGACACUGAAAAAUCUAAGAGGUGACCUUGAAUUCCAAAAUGUUAGCUUCAGUUAUCCAUCUCGGCCAAAUGUGCAAAUUCUGAAAGAUGUGUCCUUGAACAUUUCUCCUGGAAAGGCUGUUGUUUUUGUUGGAGAAAGUGGGAAUGGCAAGUCAACGUUAAUAAGUCUAGUAGAGAGAUUUUAUGAUGUUAAAUCAGGAUGUAUAUUAUUGGAUGCCAUUGAUAUCCGAAACUACAACCUGAAAUGGCUGCGACAACAGAUAGCUUUGGUGAGCCAAGAGCCCAUACUCUUCAAAGAUACCAUUCGUCGCAACAUAACAUAUGGCAGGCAAGAAGAUACAACAGAAGAUGAAAUUGUUGCAGCUGCAAAAUUAGCAAAUGCACACAACUUCAUAUCAGCAUUACCUCAGGGCUAUAAUACUCAUGUAGGGGAAUGUGGAGCUCAAUUAUCCGGUGGACAAAAGCAACGGAUUGCCAUUGCACGGGCAAUAGUGAAGGACCCAAAAAUCCUGUUACUAGAUGAGGCAACAAGUUCUCUAGAUGCAGAGUCAGAAAAAGCAGUUCAAGCUGCACUAAACCAAGUGAUGGUAAGCAAAACAGCAAUUGUUGUGACACACAGAUUGACAGCAAUUAGAGGGAGUGACACCAUUGCGUUUCUGAGAAAUGGCGUGAUUGUUGAGAAAGGUAGACAUGAUGAGCUCAUAAAGACAGCUAAUGGGGCUUAUGCCUCUUUAUUUUCACAUCAUCUGAACCGCUCAAUCUAGCUACUCCAUGCGAUUAUGCCUAUACCUGUCUGUAUCCAUAAGUUGUAGAGGCUACAAAAAGUGUGUAUUGGAAAAUUGAUUAUCGUUCACU